AUGGUAUUACUAUUUUCAGGUGGAAAAGAAUGGCGUCUUAUGGAGCAAUAUGUGGUUGACACAUUGCAAUCUAUUUUUGCGGCAGACAGUUUGGAAACCACUCGUCCAAUGAAUUAUGGCGUACAAAGUCCUCAACAAAUCAAAUCCGUUUUUGAUGGAAUUGCUUAUGAUAAAGCUGGAACCGUAAUCAGAAUGAUGCAACAUGCACUCACAGAUGCAGUAUUCAGCAAAGGAUUGAACACAUAUCUUAAUAAUAAAAAUCACUCCCAUGCAAACCCGAAAAAUCUUUACGAUGGUCUGCAAACACAAGUAGCAAAAGUAGAAGGCACUUUGCCAAAAGAUCUAACAGUUGAAAAAAUUAUGGAUUCCUGGCAAACCAAAAAGGAUAUCCAAAUGCAAGCCCCAGGAAUAAUUUUGUCGUUAAUUUUUUUGGCGACCUGCGUUUUAGCUGGUCCAACCACUCCAAGAAAAGAUGUUAGCCCACCAGUUGUCGAUACAAAAUAUUAUCGAUUACCAAAAAAUAUAAAACCUCUACAAUACGAUGUUACACUCGAAACUAGAUUAGAUCCAGAAUUCAACUUCAAUGGGUCAGUUGUCAUACAUUUGACGCCUUUGGAAAACACCAAAAAUAUAACAUUACAUCACAGAAGAUUAAGAAUAAAAGAUGAUUCAAUUAAAGUCCAUGAUAGUAGUGCAAAUGAUGUAAAUCAUUUGAAACCUGAGUAUAAUAAAGAGCUUGAACAGUACACCAUCUUUUUCGACAAAGAUUUAAAAAAAGAUUUAAAAUACUUCCUAUUCAUCGAGUUUGAAGGUGACUUGGACAGAAACAUGGAUGGUUUUUAUAGAAGUUUCUACAAAAAGGGCGAAACAAUUGAGUGGUUGGCAUCAACGCAAUUCGAAUCAACUUCAGCAAGAAUGGCUUUUCCCUGUUUCGACGAACCUCAUCUUAAAGCAGUUUUCCGACUUACUUUAAUAAAUGACAAAAAAUAUUCUGCUAUAUCUAAUAUGCCAAUAAAGGCAGCAGAUAAAGUAGAUUAUAACGACACCCUUAUAAGUACGGAAUUUGACGAUACACCACUAAUGUCAACUUACUUGCUGGCAUUUGUAAUUUCGAAAUACGAACACAAAAGUAAUGGACCAGAUUUUGAAGUUUAUGCUGAAAAAGAUGAUUUGGAAACAGCCGAAUAUGCAAGAACUAAAGGAAAAGAAAUUUUACAAAGUCUUGAAACAUAUCUUGGCAUCAAAUUCGAAAUUCCAGUGAUGAAGCAGAUUGGAAUCCCUGAUUUUGCUGCAGGUGCCAUGGAGAACUGGGGUUUGGUAACUUAUAGGGAAACGCGAUUGCUGUACAAGGAAGGACAUUCGACCAUGUCUGAUAAAAAGGCAGUAGCUUGCGUUAUUGCUCACGAAUUCGGUCACCAAUGGUUUGGAAAUUUGGUGUCACCUGAAUGGUGGGAAUACAUUUGGUUAAAUGAAGGAUUUGCCACAUUUUUCGAAUAUUUUGCAGCAGAUAAAGUAAACUAUUUUUAUAAAUUAGUAGAGAUCUAUCCAGUAUGAAUUUUUUCUAUGGUAUUACUAUUUUCAGGUGGAAAAGAAUGGCGUCUUAUGGAGCAAUAUGUGGUUGACACAUUGCAAUCUAUUUUUGCGGCAGACAGUUUGGAAACCACUCGUCCAAUGAAUUAUGGCGUACAAAGUCCUCAACAAAUCAAAUCCGUUUUUGAUGGAAUUGCUUAUGAUAAAGCUGGAACCGUAAUCAGAAUGAUGCAACAUGCACUCACAGAUGCAGUAUUCAGCAAAGGAUUGAACACAUAUCUUAAUAAUAAAAAUCACUCCCAUGCAAACCCGAAAAAUCUUUACGAUGGUCUGCAAACACAAGUAGCAAAAGUAGAAGGCACUUUGCCAAAAGAUCUAACAGUUGAAAAAAUUAUGGAUUCCUGGGCAAACCAAAAAGGAUAUCCAGUAAUCACAGUGGAAAGAAAUUACGAAAAGAACACAGCAACCAUCAAACAAGAACAUUUCUUACUGAACAAGAAAGUAGUUGACGACAAACAAUUUUGGUGGGUUCCAAUAAAUUACGCGAGUGCUAAAGAAACUAGCUUUGAUGAAACCAAACCUACAUUCUGGCUUGAUAAUACUGGAAAACCAUUUACAUUUAACUUGACAGAAACAGAAGAAGAUUGGAUCAUUUUCAACAAACAACAAACAGGUUACUACAGAGUCAAUUACGACGAAACAAACUGGAAGUUGAUCACAAAUGUCUUGAAGACAAAGGAUCAAAUGAAGAAAAUUCAUCCAGUAAAUCGUGCUCAAUUAAUCGAUGAUGCUCUGAAUUUGGCAAGAUCAGGAAGAUUGCCUUAUAGCACAGCAAUGCAGUUGGUCACAUAUUUAGCAGAUGAAGAUGAUUAUAUACCUUGGGUUUCGGCCAACAAUGGACUCAUGUACUUGGACAGACUUUUGGCCAACAGCGAGGGAUAUGAUGAUUUUAAGAAACUUGUUAGUGUUGCUGUAGAUGGUCUUUACAAGAGUACUGGAUUCGAUGUGAAACCAGAAGACAAACAAGAUAAAAUAUUCGCCAGAAAUAUCGCUCUAACAUGGGCUUGCAAAUAUGACAUUUUAGAAUGCAGACAAAAAAGCUCAGAAAAAUAUGAAUCUUGGAAGAAUGGUACAGCAGUAUCAGCUGAUCUACAGAAGUUGGUAUAUUGCAACGUACUUAGAAUGAACAAGAAUUCAUCGGCAGAGUGGGAUUAUCUCUGGAAUAAAUAUACAAAUAGUACAGUAGCAUCAGAAAAAGUUUUGUUGUUGUCUGCUUUGGGAUGCACAGAAAAUGAAGAUUUGCUCAAAGGUUAUUUAGAUAAAUCUCUAAACGAUACCAAAAUUAGAGACCAAGAUAGAGCAAGUGUUAUGAGCGCCGUAUACACUUCUGGACCAGUUGGUUUAAAAGUAGCUUUAGCAUACGUAGGCGAAAAAUUAUUCGAAGUUAAUGCAAAAUACAGCGUCGGCAGUGUCUUGUCAGGCAUUUCCACCAGAUUAACUACAGAAACAGAAAAGAAACAGAUUGAAAAAAUUAUCAACGAUCACAAAGACGAUCCUAAAUUCGAAUCAAUAAAGGCAUCUGCAGAAUCUGCUCUUAAGAAUGUUAAUGACAACAUGAAUUGGUUGAAGGAACAUGAAGAAACCAUUGCAGGAUGGAUGGCUGACCAUCAUAGAGGUAGUGCCCACAAAUUUUCAGGAACCGGAAAAAUGUCCAAAUUAACAUUAUUUCAUUUAAAUAUCCUUAUUUUAUACUAUAUUUAUAGUGUGAGUGCAAAUGAUAGUGAUUACAGAUUACCAGGAGACAUUGUGCCAAGAAAAUAUGUAGUCGAAUUGGAAACAAAACUAGUGCCAAGUUUUGAAUUUAGCGGAUCUGUCUCCAUCCUAAUUGAAGUUAUAAAACCUACGACUGUUAUAAGUUUGAACUCAUAUAGACUAGUUUUUUUCAAUGACAAUGUUAAACUCAAAACUAAAUCUAGACGAGAAAUUAAAGUAGCAAUGGUGCACAUAGAUAAUACCUAUCAAAUUGCGGAUAUAUUAGUUGUUGAAAAAUUGGAAAAGGGAAAGGAAUAUAUUUUGGAAAUAAAAGGCUUCAAAUCUACUUUGAGAGAUGACAUGGCUGGCUUCUACAAAAGUUCAUACAAAACGCCAAAAGGAGAAACAAGAUGGUUGGCUACAACCCAGUUUCAGGCAACUCAUGCCCGUAGUGCUUUCCCUUGUUUCGAUGAACCAGCAAUGAAGGCCCAUUUCGAAAUCAGCCUUAUACACCAUGAAAAAUUGAAAGCAAUUUCCAAUAUGGGUGUAGCAAAGGAAGAAAACUUAGAUAACAACCGAAAAAGAACAACAUUCGAACAAUCAGUUCUCAUGUCUCCAUACCUGGUGGCGUUUAUUAUCUCAGAUUUCGAAUAUGUAGAAAAAAUUUCAGGACCAGUAAAAUACAGAAUAUAUACUGAUCCUUUCUCGAUUGAUCAAGCUGACUAUGCAUUGACUAUGAGCCCAAAAAUUUUAACGGCUUUGGAACAACUCACAGGUGUAAAAUAUGUUUUGAACAAGUUGGACCAAGCAGCCAUUCCAGAUUUUGCUGCUGGAGCUAUGGAAAAUUGGGGAUUGUUAACAUACAGAGAAUUGUUUUUAUUAUAUAACAAGAAUGAAUCGACAACUAAAAGCAAGGAGGAAAUUUUGAGUAUAGUUGCUCAUGAAAUGACUCAUCAAUGGUUUGGCAAUUUGGUGACUUGCGACUGGUGGGAGCAUACUUGGUUGAAUGAAGGAUUUGCCAAUUACUUCCAACACUAUAUUCCAUCACAGAUAGAACCUUCCUGGAGAAUAUUGGAUCGUUACAUUGUGGAUGUAACUCAAAGGGUUUUACUAAAGGAUGCUUUGCACACGACGAGACCGAUGUCACAUCCAGUCGCAAGUCCUUCAGAAAUAUCGGCGGUUUUUGAUUCCAUUUCUUACGAGAAAGCAAGUUCUGUAAUUCACAUGAUGAUGCACGCUUUCAACAUCGAGAAAUUCAUGAAAGGCCUCCAUGAAUAUUUAAAAACUUAUUCUUUCAAAUCUACAAUUCCCAAAGAUCUAUUCGACGUGUUAGCCAAUGAACAUAAUGGGACCACAGAUAUUCCUAAAGAGACUACCUUACAAGAAAUUUUCAAAAGUUGGAGCACCCAAGCCGGAUUUCCUUUAGUCACUGUAACUAGGGAUUAUGCCACUGGUGCAAUGACACUCUCACAAGAACGAUAUUUCAAUGUUCAACCCGAAGAAAAAGACAAAUCUGCGUGGUGGAUACCAAUAAACUUCAUGACCUCGGAAAACAUAAAUUCCUCGGAUACAAAACCAACUCAUUGGAUGAAUAAAGAUGGAAAACCUUUGACUAUUGAAGUAGGAAAUAAAGAUGGAUGGGUUAUUAUAAAUAAACAGAAUUCAGGUUACUAUCGCGUGAACUACGAUAAGGACAACUGGAAAAAGCUUGCAGAUGUCUUGAAAAGUCCUGAAUUUGAAAAAAUCCACGUACUCAACAGAGCCCAAAUUUUAGACGAUUCUCUAAACUUGGCCAAAACUGGAAAACUUGAUUAUGAAUUGGCCUUAGACAUUUUAGAUUACUUGCACCACGAAUUGGAUUACGUGGCUUGGAAAGCAGCUGAAGAAGAUCUCAAUUUUCUCGAUAAUAUGCUGAGUGGAACAAAAGUCUACCCCAAAUUUAAGAAAUUUGUAUUGCAUUUAGUGAACAAAGUUUAUAAUAAAAUGGGAUUUGAGCAACAAGAUGCUAAUGGGCACAUGGACGUUUUCACUCGCAUAAAUGCUCUAACAUGGGCUUGUAAAAUGGACCUUCCAGAAUGUCUUGGCAAGUCUCAUGAUCGUCUUACUGCCUAUAUGAGACCUCCAUAUGUGAAAGUUCCACCAAAUUUACACAAUGUAGUAUAUUGCACUGGAUUAAAACAUGGUGGUAAAACAGAGUGGGACUUCUUGUGGAAAAAAUAUCUUGAUAGCCACUUGUCUUCUGAAGCAAUAAUCUUGUUAAAUGCUUUGGGUUGUAGCAAAGAUCCUGAUAUUUUAAGGAGCUACUUGGAAAAAACUGUAGAACCUGAUUCGAAAAUCAGAGAUCAAGAUAAAUUCCGUGCUAUGUAUUCUGUAAUCAGACAAGGAAGUGAUGGAGUGACAAUUGCAUUAGAAUUUAUGCGUAAUAAAUUGCCAAAAAUGAUUGAACAAUAUACAAGCUUGAAUGCGCUCAAAAAAGUUUUCGAAACUGUAGGCGCAGCAAUUUCAAACGAAAAACAAGAAGAACUGCUUCGUGAAAUUAUUGCUAAAUACAAUUCUACAUUUUCGGAUUCCCUAAUGCAAGGUGCAAAAACUGCUUUAGAUGCCAUGGAAGAUAAUAAAACUUGGAGAGAUAAAAAUUUAGCUACUGUGACAAGGUGGUUUGAAAAACAGCCUGAAGUUUAUCCUAAUAAUGCAACAAAACUAGUCCAAAGUAUUUUAUUAUUACUUGUAUUGAUAUUCAAUAUUGUAUUUAUAUUUUAAUAUAUAACAUCAGUAAUACA